GGAGGACCUGCUGGCUCACUCCCUUCACAUGAUCAAUUACUUUUUGUCCAGACACUGGAUGACAACCGGUGACAGUGUUUAAAUUAGUACGAUUACAGUGUCUUCAAAUGUCUGGGAUAUAUUUGACAAAAAGGAAAUCAUGAAAUGUAAAGAAAAGACGUUGAAUUUAAUUUGAUAAAAGUUACUUGACUUGAUCUGCUAAAUCAGAGACCAGUGGUUCAUGAAUCCAAUGACAUGUCGGGCACGAUAACGCCUCUCAAGAAUGUUUAACACAAUUGCACUGUACUACUGUGCCAUGCAAGGUGUGUUGGCCUAUUAUAAGUAAUAAAGUAAUUAAGCAAUUUGAAGAAAAAAUCAUAUAAACUAUCGCUCAGUCAAUAUGAAAUUAAAACUGUCAGUGGUGACCACACCUCCGCUGACACUGAAGAAUGGUCUAGCAAUGAAGACUGGCAACUACCGGCCAGGUAGCAGGGAAGAGGUCAGUGAGAGAAGUUGUGAGCAGUGUGAUAAAGACCAACAUUUACAGUGGGAGCCUGAGAGAGAUGAGGAAGCCGUGAAGGGGCAGCCCCCCACCAUAUACACACCCUCCAAGAGUGCACUCCUCCCCUCCCACACACACUCCGCACACGGCGAUAACACUGAGUGCUCCCAUGUGUUGGGUUGUGAAGAUCAUUGCAGGAGUAUGAGUCCCCGGCCUGGCAGCGCCUCACGAGGGCGGUCAAUCAGUACCACCUCCUCAGACUCCACAAGCACCACUUGCACCGUCAGUAGUGAUUUUGAUGGCUGCAACAGCAGCAGCAGCAGUAGCGGUACUUCCAGCACUAAUAACACAAUCACAUCAGAAAACAGCAGUAGCAGCACUUCCAGAACCAAUGCUAACAACCCCUUUAUAAGUACCAAUAACAUGAGCAGCAGUGCUUCAGAUAAAAGCAGCAGCAGCAGCAACAGCACUCGAGGAGACAUACUACCCACUCUCAAGACUGAGAACCAGUAUCAAGGCAAGAAAAAGCGCCGAAAUUGCGAUGGAUUAAUGUUGUCUGGAGUUGGCGCUUGGGGCGUCUCCCGGUCCAGCGCGGGGCCGGCCGCUCCUCACUCCAAGGUCACCACCGGAAACACCAAGUUCAUUAUCAAUAAAAAGGUCAAAGGCAUUGGUUUGAAAAACAAAAUCCUCGAUGGGAAGACAAAGAACAAGAACUUCAGCAUUAAGUCCAGCAGCCUUAGCUUAAAGGCCAAUAUCAUUGAAGGUAAAACUACCAGCCUGAAUGCAAAGACUGCGAGUCUUAGCUUGAAGACCAAUAGCCUAAAUACCAAGACAAACAGCCUCAGCAGCAAUAGUAGCUGCGAUAGUAAGACCAGCAGCAGUAGUACCAACAGCUCUAAAAGCCUCCGGAGCCUGUUUCUGCGAGGCAACGUUUUCAGCAGCAGCUUCACCUUUGGGAAGAGGAACAGUAAGAACAGCAGCAACACUGCCAGCCGCGCCCUGUCCUCCAGCAACACUCUCACCAACACUAACAUUGUCAUCAUUGGCGACAAAGGAGUUGGUAAAUCAGCCAUCGCCGUCCGUUUCCUGACGAGGCGGUACAUUGGGGAGUACAGCUCCGACACAGAAAUGAUGUACCAGCACGAGACUACAGUGGACCACGAGGUGGCCCACCUGCACCUCCUUGACGCCGCCACCGCACAGACUCCUCACCAGAUUCUUCGUCACUUGGCCUGGGCUGAUGCCUUUAUUGUGGUGUAUGAUGUCACUAGCCGCACUUCUUUCAUCCAUGCCAAACAGCUGCUGCGCACUCUCCAUACUCACAGCCAUGCUCUUUCGUACACGCAUGCUUCAAGUGACCGUGAAGGAAAUACUGGAAGUGUACUUGACAUACACCCACAACGUAGCCUUGACAUACAUUCUAAGAAUGGCAAUGAUGAAUACACAUUUAGUAGCCAUGACUCCUAUGCUGUGUGUAGUCAUGACACACUUGUUAAAAGUGUCUUUGACACACACAUUCCAGAUUAUCAUGGCACGCACAAAAAGAGUACUUCUAAUGCACAGGUAUCAUGCAGACACAACACAAACAAUCGAAGUGGCUUGAAUACACAUAUCCUGAAUAGCCAUAGCAUCAACACCUUGGAAGGCGGUGUGACACAUACUCGAAGUGAUAACGAUACCUCAACUUGGAGCACCCAUGGCGUUUACAACCACUGUGCUAAAAGUCUCUACCAAAAUAAUCCCACCUAUUUAAAGUUCAAUCACCCUGUAUCACAGUCUUUAAAUGUUAGCCGUAUGGAGUCGAGCUGUAGAUACUCUAACACAGAAACCUCAUCUGUGGCAAUGAACCCAGAAGCGUCUCUGGCCACCCCCAAUCAUUAUUGUCAAGCUCAGGACUAUUCGCAUACCGCCGACACCUGUAGCCAACCUCUCAGCCAUACCAGUCAUCGCCCAAACUACCAUCGACGUGUAACCAGUCAUCAGUUCGACAGCUAUGGGCAUCACACAAAUAAUAACUCUCUUUGUGCCUACAGGCAUCACUGUCAAAGUAACUACAAUUAUACGAUCAAGCAAAAUCGGAUUAUUGAUAAGCGCGGUCAUCACGCGUAUACGAGCCGUAAGCUCAACACUCACGAUCACUACACUAACAAACAUGAAUGUGUUAAUACUCGUAACGUCCACAAUAGUAGCCAAAACUCUGAAAAUGCGGCUGAAUUAAGUUCAUUUCAUUCUAGUGUAUUUGAUAUUAAACAUGAUCAAGAUACGAAAUCAGAUCGUGAUACAUGUGGAAAAAAUUUUCAAGCUCACCUACCAAAUACCAGCUGCGAAACCAAACUAGGCUGUGAGAAUCGAAGCUUCGCAUACAUAAAUGCACCACAUUCAUGCCAAAUCGACCUAAACUCCAGUCACGAUCAACAGAGAAAUCACAGCCAUCCAAAAAGUCAUAAACAUAAACAGAGCCACCAGAGAUAUAACAUCCCUAUCUACAGUCAAUCAAGAGGCCACUGCUCUAGCCAUAAUCAACCUGCAUAUCUUAACCUUGAUCGUAGUCACCCAGAAGACUGCAACCCUGGUCAUGUUUAUCUGAAAAGUCAUAGAAAUGGUCACAGCCACCUGAAAAAUAAUAGCCAUGACCGUAGUGAACCAAGAAUUCAUAGCCUCAAUCAAAAUUAUUUAAACUGCAGCCCCAACAAUAUUAGCAACAAUUAUAUUGCAGCUGACCAUAGUCACCUACGAAAUUAUACCUCAUGCCAUAGUCACCCAAACAGACACAACGGCGACGAAGGUCACUUUAACAACCAUAACCUUAAUCAUGGUCACGUGAGAGAUACCAAUCCCGCACAUUAUCACAUCAAUAAACACAGUAACUCCAGCCAUAAUAACCUGAGAGGCCAGAGCCUCAAACAUAGCCACCAGGAAGAUCAUAACCCCAGCCACAAACACCGGCAACGCCAUAGAUCUGACCACAGUCAGUCGAGAGAAGACAAACCUGAUGGUAGUGACCCACAAGAAGACAGUCCAGAGUACAGCCACCCGAAUCUGGACGACAGCCCUGAUAGUCAAGCAAGAGAUCAUAAGCACCUGAAAGGCCACACUACAUUACUUCUGGGCAAUAAACGAGACUUGGAACACUUUAGGUGUGUGUGGACUGACGAGGGCGAAGCUUUAUCACUCGAGUUCAGUUGCCAGUUUUAUGAGGUGUCUGCAGCAGACUCCCUGCUUGGAGUUCAUCUAGCAUUCCACUCUCUGCUGAAGGAGGCCAGAGCACUCCAGCUAAUCAGGAGACUUCCACAACCUAACCCAAAGGUCUCAAAGAGUGUGCUAUCUUCUGCAGUAUCAAAAGUCAUUGGCAACUUCUUCACCAGAGCAGGGAGUAAUAGCAAACAGAGACAAUCAAAUAGCAUCUAGUAAAUUUGCACGAGUAAGCAAUUAUGUAAGGUAGAAAACAAAUAAAUAUAAUUUUAGUUUGACAUUCAGGAUUUUCACACAUUGCAGCCCCAACACUAUACCCCACAUCCUAAUACCAUCAUAUUCCGUUUUAUGCAAUUAAAUUAGUAAUUGAAACGUUACUGAAGACUUGGUGCCAGCUUGUCUGAGACAGUUGGGAUAACCUAGUCAAUAUUAAGCCCAAGACAAGGCAAUAGAUAAUUAAGAUAAGCACUAAGCCAGUAUGACUGAACACUGGAAAGGGGUAUGAUCGAAUGCCAACCUUGCAAUAAGCGAGGGCGUCGCUCUGCCGUCCAAUUGGUUAGUUGGGUAUGUACCUCUAAAGAAAAUAAAAAAAGCUUAUUACACUAGGAUAACAAUGAAAAGGUUUGAUUUACUAGUAUUUUUUUUUAAAUUAUUUACCACAAAUUAGAAUGUGAACAUUACUCGGCACCAUCAACUAUAAAUAUCCCAACUUAUCCUACUAAAAUGAUAGCACAUGUAGCAACUAUUUGGACAAACGUGCAAAUAUAGCUGCUGUUGGAGACUGGGUUGAACUAUUCCCACAGGCUGUAUCUGUCACUAUGUACAGCUACCCUUCAUUUUGCUUGAAGAAAGCUUAGCCUUAACAUGACAACUGCAGAUAGCCAUUGAUUUCUUCAUAUGUAUAUUUACAGACUUUUUAAAUGUUAAAUAAUCUGAUUCAGUCAGCCACUUUUUUGCUAGUGUGAGGGUCAUCACUACUUGAUCUAUGCGUUCUCUUUACUCCCAUAUAUCAGAACUAGUCUAGUCUUGCACUUUGCCCAACGUAAUGCAAUUAAAAACAUGUUUUACAGAUAAUAUAGCUGCAUAUUGCAUUUUUAGGGAGCAAAAAAUGUGCAUACAUAACGGCUCAAAUCUGCAUAUCAAAACAUUGAUUUACAAUUUACCCGCUUUUCAACAAAU